ACAUACACGCGCCCACACACUCACACACACACAUACACGCAGGGAUCCCUGUUGGGGGGUGUUGGGGGGGUGGAGAGCCGCAGCCGCGAGACAGCGCGAGCCUCCGAGAAAGCGCGAGACGCGCCGGCGCGUGCCGCUGCCCGGCCCCAGCCCGGCCCCCCGCUCCCAGCCCGGCGCCACCCGCACUUGCCCCGCCAGGCGCCCGCCCGGGGCAUUGAUGCCUCGGCCGGCCGCGUCCUCCCGCCGCGGCUUCCUCGGCUGCCCCCUCCCCCGGGCCUCCACCGGGGCCGGAGCGUGGGUGUGCUCGCUCGGGGAGGGUGCUUGCGCUCGGGCGCGCUGCGGGUGCCACCUCUGCGGGACGCUGCCCCCCUCCCUCCCCCGGGGGCGCCCGCUCUAGAUUAAACAAGAGGAGUCUGUUGAAGCUCGAUCCUUACCUACGCUGUAAAUAAAAGAAUAUUACAGAGAAAAGGAGAGCGAAGCACCAAGAGAAAGACUGCUAGAUCCCAGGAGAGGACUAAACUCUCCCCCUCCACACGUCUCAUCCUCUAAUGUGAUGCUGGGGCCGGAUGCACUUAGGAUUCCAUUCCAAGGUUGACUGGCUAGGUGUGUGGAAGACUGGGAAGAGGCAGAUCUUUUUCACACUGAGGAAGCGCUCUUAUGUGUAGCCCAUCUCCUGUCUUCUUUCUGACAGCAGAGUAUUAAGUCAUGAUGCAGGAAUCUGCGACAGAGACAAUAAGCAACAGUUCAAUGAAUCAAAAUGGAAUGAGCACUCUAAGCAGCCAAUUAGAUGCUGGCAGCAGAGAUGGGAGAUCAAGUGGUGACACCAGCUCUGAAGUAAGCACAGUGGAGCUGCUUCAUCUGCAACAACAGCAGGCUCUCCAGGCAGCAAGACAGCUUCUGUUACAGCAGCAAACAAGUGGACUGAAAUCUCCUAAGAGCAGCGAUAAGCAGAGACCAUUGCAGGUGCCUGUGUCCGUGGCCAUGAUGACUCCCCAGGUGAUCACCCCUCAGCAGAUGCAGCAGAUCCUCCAGCAGCAGGUCCUGUCCCCUCAGCAGCUCCAGGCCCUCCUCCAACAGCAGCAGGCAGUGAUGCUGCAGCAGUCAAAAUGGUUUAUUCAGCAACAACUACAAGAGUUUUACAAGAAACAGCAAGAGCAGUUACAUCUUCAGCUUUUGCAGCAGCAGCAACAGCAGCAGCAGCAACAGCAGCAGCAACAGCAGCAGCAGCAGCAGCAGCAGCAACAGCAGCAGCAGCAACAACAGCAGCAGCAGCAACAGCAGCAGCAUCCUGGAAAGCAAGCAAAAGAGCAGCAGCAGCAGCAGCAGCAGCAGCAGCAGUUGGCCGCUCAGCAGCUUGUCUUCCAGCAGCAGCUUCUCCAAAUGCAGCAACUGCAGCAGCAGCAGCAUCUGCUCAGCCUUCAGCGUCAGGGCCUCAUCUCCAUCCCACCCGGCCAAGCGGCCCUUCCUGUCCAGUCGCUGCCUCAAGCUGGCUUAAGUCCUGCUGAGAUUCAGCAACUAUGGAAAGAAGUGACUGGCGUCCACAGUAUGGAAGACAAUGGCAUCAAGCAUGGAGGGCUGGACCUCACGACUAACAACUCCUCCUCGACUACCUCCUCCGUCACGUCCAAAGCUUCACCACCAAUAACGCAUCAUUCCAUAGUGAAUGGACAGUCUUCAGUUCUGAAUGCCAGGCGGGACAGCUCGUCACAUGAGGAGACUGGGGCCUCCCACACUCUCUAUGGCCACGGAGUUUGCAAGUGGCCAGGCUGUGAAAGCAUAUGUGAAGAUUUUGGACAGUUUUUGAAGCACCUUAACAAUGAGCAUGCAUUGGACGACCGAAGCACUGCCCAAUGUCGAGUGCAAAUGCAGGUGGUACAGCAGUUAGAAAUACAGCUUUCUAAAGAACGCGAACGUCUUCAGGCGAUGAUGACCCACUUGCACAUGCGACCCUCAGAGCCCAAACCAUCUCCCAAACCCCUAAAUCUGGUGUCUAGUGUCACCAUGUCGAAGAACAUGUUGGAGACAUCCCCACAGAGCUUACCUCAAACCCCUACCACACCAACGGCCCCAGUCACCCCGAUUACCCAGGGACCCUCAGUAAUCACCCCAGCCAGUGUGCCCAAUGUGGGAGCCAUACGAAGGCGACAUUCAGACAAAUACAACAUCCCCAUGUCAUCAGAGAUUGCCCCAAACUACGAAUUUUAUAAAAACGCAGAUGUCAGACCUCCAUUUACUUAUGCAACUCUCAUAAGGCAGGCUAUCAUGGAGUCAUCUGACAGGCAGUUAACACUUAAUGAAAUUUACAGCUGGUUUACACGGACAUUUGCUUACUUCAGGCGGAAUGCUGCAACUUGGAAGAAUGCAGUACGUCAUAAUCUUAGCCUGCACAAAUGUUUUGUUCGAGUAGAAAAUGUUAAGGGAGCAGUGUGGACUGUGGAUGAAGUAGAAUACCAAAAGCGAAGGUCACAAAAGAUAACAGGAAGUCCAACUUUAGUAAAAAAUAUACCUACAAGUUUGGGCUACGGGGCAGCUCUUAAUGCCAGUCUGCAGGCUGCCUUGGCAGAGAGCAGUUUGCCUUUGCUAAGUAACCCCGGGCUGAUCAAUAACGCCUCCAGUGGCCUCCUGCAGGCCGUCCAUGAAGACCUCAAUGGUUCCCUGGACCACAUCGACAGCAAUGGGACCAGCAGUCCGGGGUGCUCACCUCAGCCACACAUACAUUCAAUCCAUGUCAAAGAAGAGCCUGUGAUUGCAGAGGAUGAAGACUGUCCAAUGUCGUUAGUGACAACGGCCAAUCACAGUCCAGAGUUAGAAGAUGACAGAGAGAUUGAGGAAGAACCUUUAUCUGAAGAUCUGGAAUGAGAAUGAACUUGUGCCACCUCAGUGUGAAGGGACAUAUCACUGACCUUCAUAACCACUCCACAACCAUGAAUAUUUGACACAUUUUUACUGUGACUAUUUAUUAAGCAUGGAUAAAGGAGACAGCCCUAAAGGAACUUACUAAGCCAGCCCUUUGGGAUUCAGAACCAACAGGCAAAUUGCUUGUUUUCUUCUCUCUCUGUCUUUGUUUUAUUUUAUGCUUUUGCUUUAUUUUACUUUCUUUUAUUUUUAUUUUUCUGUUUUUAGAAAAAAAAGGCAAAAAAACUGAUUUUCUUGGGAAAAAAAAAAAGAAAACUGUUCUUUCCAUAAUGGCUCUGCCCAUUUAAAAAAUGUGGCUCUUAAGGGUUCAUGAAAUGACUGAAUAUGAGGAUCCAUGUCCUAUAGAAAGCAACUGCGCCUCAUAUACUGCCAAAAAUAGUGUUAGUUUCAUUAAUGUGAAUUUUCCAGCAUUCAGUAGUUGUAAUGUUAGAAACAAUUGCUGUUCAAGUUCAACUUGUUGCUAUUGUUUUUAAUUUGCACAGGAGUAGUAUCAGAAAUUAGUGUCACUGCUUGUAUCUAGCUGACUUUUAAACAACAGAACAUUAGUUUUUUAUGUUGGUGCCACCAACUGUAAAUGACAUAAGUUAGUUAUUACAGAACACAGUAAUUAGACUGUCGCAACCAUCCAAAACCUUAGGCUUCCAGUCUGUGCUGUUAGUGUUAAGAUGUAAAGUGCAAUCCUAAGCUAACAUUAUCUGUGCAAGCACCGUAGAAACAUUUGCAUAUCUGCAUAGAUCUUACAACUGUACUCUUUACCUCCUUGUGAUAAAGCUUUGUCUACCUGCAAACACAGUCAAAGGCUACAGCUGCAAACCAAAGCCAACUCUAACCAUGGCCAAGAGCUCAAGGACAGAAGCAGCCACAUGCUUUGGUCAGCCUUCUGUAACUUCAAUUAGUACAAAGGAACCUUUUCCAUGAACUACCUGCUGUUUUCUGAUGACCUCUGGGAUCUUUUCAUUUAGCCCUAAACAAAGAAACAAAUAUGACAAAAACCACAACUAAAAGAGUUCAUUCAGUCACAAAGUAAUCUUCUGAGGCCAAAAGUCCAUCUAAAUGCAAUGAAGAUUUGCUUUCAUUAAAGACAGAGGUGAGGACAAAAUCUGCAGUGGAAGUUAUGACAUGCUAGAAAGCAACAAAUGUGGAUCACUGACCAAAACCAUGAUGUACUUGAUGCAAGUGCAGAUUGCGUACUGUUAUAUAUAUAUAGUACAUUGUGUUCUUGUUUUCCCCCAUCCAGUCAGUUCUUUUUGGUGGUGAGUACAUGUUAGAAGUACAUGCCUUGUAUGGUCUUAAUCUCUGUUGUGUACUAUUUUUUUAUAGUCUUAAGUUAUAAUAAAAAAAAAUCAAAAAGUAGGAACCAAACAUAAAAGGUCUAGUAAAGCCAAAAAUUAAUUUCCUAUUGAUUUUAAAGUGAUCUAGCUGAGUUUUUACACUGAAAGCAAAGAUUAUAGCAAGUGUAGCCCAUGGUAUUUAUUUUCAGUCAAACCAAAGUUACAUAUAAUUCUGCCUCUGCUUAUACGGGAUAUGAACACUAACACACUCCCUUCAAAGACUUGCACAGGCCAAAUUGUUGGAAUGCUGAUUUUCUUGACAACUCUAAACCCCCAAACUAUGAGAAUACGUUAUGGUGUAGUUGGAGAUAGCAUAGUCAGAUGUUUGCUUAAAACCUAGAGACUUUACGUGUUGCUUUUCAUGUGCUGUGCCAAGUCUUGAUAAUACUUUUUCCCCCAACCAAGGGACCUCAUAACCUGAUUAUGGUUAUUGCUUUACAAACAGUUUUGACAGAAGGUGGCUGCUAGAGCUUAACAUAUGUCCCGGUUCCAUGUGAUGGAGCCGGUUCUUGCAAACUAAGCUCAAUGUUUAUCCUUUGCUGAAGUCAGCAAAUAGAGUUAGAGAGAUACCCAGUCAUCUAUCACACCAAAUAAAAGGACAUAACGGCUUUCAAAAGGGUUUUCCCACUUACCCAAAAGGCUUUCUGAAAGCUUCUACCUCUGCAAAAAAGAAAAAAAGGAAAAAAAAAAACGAAAAAAAGAAAAAAAAAUGAAAAAAAGAGAAAAAAGUUAGACCAAUUAUGGCAGAUUGCAUGAAACAUGAGAACGUCACAGUAACGGCUACUUUUCAUUAUGUUUGUCUUUGGGUCAUGAUCAACGAACCGGAAGUUAUUGAUAUGGUAUCAAAAGAGAGAUUGGUAUUCUGAAGGAUGGUUCUCUGGUGUCUAGGAUACUGCUGUAAGGAUUAUCUGAAAGGGAAACGAGUCUUUCAGGUGCAUGUUCUAAAAGCUUUGAUGGACUGGAAGUAGCGUGGAGAGUUGUACCAUCGUGAGGGUGGCCUAAGACUACAAUGCUAAAGUAUGCAUACCUCAGUUUCAAAACUUUUGAAAGGAAGUCUCAGCCACAGAAUGCAUAUACCUGUAGAGUUUUGCAUGGGUUUUAUAUGAAUACAAUUUUAAAAAAAAUAGCUGCUUGCACAUUAUACCAGAAAAACCUCCAAAACUGCAAUUGCUUUGAAAAUAGAUUUUAGGUUUUUUGGAGUUUUCUGAAAUGCUUGGUCUGUAUUUUGAUAAUUGUGCAUAUUAUGUAAAAAUGUUGGUGGACCCAUAAAUGACCAGACUUUUUCUAAGAAAAAUGUUGCUUUAAUGCAUUUCAUGAAUUUUUACUCUUCUAUCAUUGCUUGCUAGUAAUAGCAAACCUGCUUUUCUGCAUCUGCUUUGCGUAGCUGUUGUAAGGCUUUGAACUAAUGUAUGUAUUUAUUGCUUGAACUUCUGUGCAUACCUUAUAAAGCAUAAUGUCUGACAAUUUAAAUGGCUCAUGUAUUCUUGCUUCUACCAUAAACUGAUUAUGGGGACUAUGGUCUUUUGUAUACAGCAAAUUUUAACUGUAGCACAAACAUCUGUUUAUGUAUUGGUGGGAUAUACCUGUUUUAUUUAUCUUCUUUGAGGUAAACUAAUUUUUGAUACUUUUCAUUACUGUGUACUGUGUUCAUACUUUGAAUUCUCUGACGUUAGAAGUCACGGUUGAGAAUUGUAACAGCUGUUAUUUGUUCUGUAUUCAUGGCUUUCACUGCUGAAUAAAAUAAAGGACCAAACCUAGGAUUUGAAAGAAAACUGUCUACCUCUAACACCAGGGAGUUAUCAGAUUCUAUUUUACAUAGUUUGAGUCUACAAAGACACAACUGCUUAAACCUAGUGGGCUUAAGACUAAUAUUCUAUGUGUUGGAUUCAUGGCAUCGUUGUAUUGUUUGAAAAUCAAUUAAAAUUUUAUGUGACUGUUACAAGUA